UCAAAGACAUGCGCACUGUUUUUGCUAUUAAAUUGUUUUUAAAUAAGUUGUUUGAAAUGAAAUGACAAUUUGAUGACCAAAAUACAGAUAAAAUGUUGUCCAAAGUCAAGACAGUGCUCAUAGACCUAAGCGGAACACUUCAUGUCGAGUCCACUGAGACUCCCGGAGCCAUCGAUGCACUCAAUCGACUUCGGUCAUCAGGUCUUAAAUUGCGAUUUGUGACGAACACUACUAAAGAAAGUCAAAAUUAUUUGUAUAAUCGUUUGAAAUCAAUUGGAUUUGAUAUUAGAAAAGAGGAAAUAUUUACUUCAUUAUUAGCGGCUAAAGAGUUGGUCAAAAAACUGAAACUUAAACCAUAUUUAAUGCUCGCCGAUGAGGCCAAAGAAGAUUUUGAAGACAUACCGUGUGUGCAAACUGAACACGAAGACGGUAACGGAGUGGUCAUUGGUUUGGCACCAAAUCGUUUCAAUUAUGAAUCAAUGAAUACAGCGUUUCAUAUGUUAUUAAACCGAUCACAACUCAUAGCAAUCAAUAAAUCGAGAUAUUAUAAGACAAACAGUGGUCUCUGUUUGGCCGCCGGACCCUUUGUGGCUGCACUUGAAUUCGCAACCGAUACCAAAGCCAUGGUUGUCGGCAAACCCAACGACCAAUUUUUUAUGCAAGCAUUAGAACCGUUUGAUUGUCGACCGGAUGAAGCCGUUAUGAUCGGUGAUGACGUCAGAGACGACAUUGACGGCGCACAGAGAUUAGGAAUGACCGGAAUUUUGGUACAGACCGGCAAAUAUCGAGCGUCUGAUGAAACUAUGAUCAAUCCGCCGCCCAAUUAUCUAUUGCCAACAUUUAGCGAUGCAAUUGAUUUACUUUUAAAAUAA